CAAAAACUCAAAGGAGAAAAAGAAACGACUGAACACUCUCCAUAGCCUAACGAUGUUCAAGAAAAGGCAUCAUUUCUUGAUCAUUAGAAUGGCGUCUUCUUGGCUCGCGUCGGCAAUCAUUGUGUCCCUCAUGGCUCCGCCUUCGCAAUCUCUCUCUUCCGAGCUCAGUUCGGGGACCCCCGCCACCACCGCGAUCUCGUCCUCGCCGCCGCUGCCAUCGGACCCUCUCGUGCCUCCUUUCCAAGAGCUCUCCCCGGACAUCGCCCCUCUUCUGCCCUCCCCGGGGGGCGCCGCGCCGGCCUCCGGCAGCUCCUCCUCCGUGCCCACCAUCCCCUCCAACCCGAGCCCGCCGAACCCGGACGACGCCCCUCUCGGCCCGGGCUCCGCAGUGGCGCCGGAGGACCCGUUGAUGGCUUCCUCAGCAAUUCGCACAAAGCCAAUUGAAGCCAAGAACGCGGUUGCAUUUCCUAUGUGGGCAGCAUUUUGGGCAAUGCAGCUUCUGGAAAUGUGAGCUUCUUUUUCCUCUUUUUGGGUAAUUACUAGGAAAAUUAAAUUUAUAUGGGUAUGGUAGCUGCUCAACGAAAGCGAUCACAUUCAUCAUUCUACGAUGUAAUUCUGAUUUUGUAUACAUUCACACUCUCUCUCGUGCAGUAA